AUGGGUUUGGAGUUGCAAGGUAAGGUUUUUGUAUGUAAAUUCGGCAAAUUAUAUUAAUUUACACAUCAAAUUUUCUAUUUUUAAAUUUUUUUUUGUUUUCUCCCACUAAAAUCGGGCAAAACAUAGCUUUUUUUGUUCUAGAUGUGCUCCAUUUAUGGCUUGUUCUUCGAUAUCAAGACGGAUCAACGAAAAUUAUCCAAAAUUGCUCAGAAGAUUUAACAACAGCUUCGCUCUCGUUGGUUGAGCGAUAUCGCGCCGUUAAGACCAAAUUUCACUUGUAAGUUGCGUUUGAAAUUUUGUAUUUGGUGUUAAAUUUUAGGCUAGAAUCUUUUUUGCCAUAAUUUCAACUGUUUUCUACGUAAAAAUUCGAUUUUUCCGCGGAAAAUUGGGUUUUUUGACCAUGGAUAAUAUAUUGAUGAAUUUAGAAGUGAUCUGAUCGAAUUUUCGAGAGGAACUUGAUAUGUAUAGAGUUAGUGGGGCCUGAUGAAUGAUUCUAUACGUGUUUUGAAUUGUAAAAUACGUAGGUUGAUGUGAAAAUUUGGUUUUUUGUCAUGGAUAACAUCAGAAGAAAUCUUUUAUUUUUAGACGAUUUUGGCUGAAUUUUUUGAUAAAAUAUGGGUUUUAGGCUAUGUAGGUCUUGUUAAGGCAAUUAUAAGAUUUCUAACCCCUCAAUUUUCUGGGUUAUUCGCACCUCUGUCAUGUGCAAUAUAAAUCUUCGCUAAAAUUUUAUUUCCAGUGAGAACGAUGAGUCAGCAAGCCCAGUGGAGAUUGUCUACUCUAGCCAGAGUCGGCAGGCAUGCGAGGAUUUCGUGAAUGACACGAUAUUAGCGACAGAUAAUGUUUAUUUCCAAAAUCGACAGAAUUCAGUGCCAGAUAUCCGAGAUGUAGUGACGAAUUGCUUAAAUCCCUUGGCAACGUCGAUAAAAUUCCUGGAACGUGAUAUGCAACGACUUCAGGGGGUCGUUAAUGCACUACAUGAGGUAAACACUAAAUUUUUUGAAAUUAUUUUACCCUCUUUUGAUGCCAAAUUUUAAAAUGGUUGUAGCUUUUGAACGAGUGCAGCCAGAAGAUUGUAAUAUAGCUCAUUUUGACGCUUUUUUGUUGUAGAUGAACAUUGAAAAGUUUUGGAGUGAACCCUUGAAUAUCGACGGAGAUAUCAAGGUUCGGCCGCAGCUCGCCGAAAACACCCGAGAGGAAUCGGAAAACGGACAAAAGUCGAAGAAAAAGAAGAAGAAGAAAGCCAAGAAAGUGGAGGAAUUGGACGGGAGCUCCAGAGAUACUACUCCAGGCCCUCCCAGUUUGUCCGGACCCCUUAAUUCGGGGAAAAAUGAUGAUGAAGUAGGUGAUAUUACUUUAGAUUUUUUUGUGUAACCCGUAUAUUUUGAAGAUUUUUUUUGAUUUUAAGCUCUAUUUUAGACUAAUUUAGAAGAUUUACAGGCAUUUUAAGGCAGUUUUAGCCUUGAUUUUGCGAUUUUUUUAUGAAAAAUGACCUUAUUUUAGGCGAUUUUUGAUGAUUUUUUGUAAAAUUUUGACUGAAAAUGGAUUUAUUUUGCUGUGAAAAGCAAGAAUAUGAACAUUGGUACCGUAUUUUACAAAAUAAUUUUUUAAAAUCCCGGUUUUUUCCACCGAAAUUCGAACAAAAUUUCGAAUUUCAGGAGCAAAUCGAAUACACCCUGAAAAAAUUCGGCGACAAUUUGAAGCCCAUGGGUGAAAUCAGAAAAAGAAGCUCGUUUAAACAUCCCGAUCCGCUGAUCACCGCCUUCUGCGUCUUCAGAGAGGAGAGGGGCGUGAAAUUUCAAAGCGUGAAGAAGGUGCCGGAUGAGAAAAACACCUUCAAAGCAACGAUUUUGGUAGGAGUUUUGAAGCAAUUCGAAUCUAUUUGAGCUUCAUAAUGGUCUGAGCGGAUUUUGCAGAGAUUUUGAGGGUAUGGUAAGAGGGGACCAUAUUGAAAAUUGAGAUUUUUUGGAGAAAAUUGAUGGAAUUUUUUGUAAUUUGGAGUAACAAGAGGUUGAGAAUUAAUUUUGGAGAAUUCAGAGACUUGUACAAGGGGGGACUGUUCGAAUUUCGAUGAGUAAUUUGAGAUUUUUGAUGAAAUUUUGGAAAUUUUGUUGAUCUAUGUUGAUUUUUGAGUAUUUUUAGAUGUAAAUGUAAAGUUUUAGGACGAAAAAUCGUUCAAUAUUAUAGAUUUAACCCUGAGAGUACUGUAUUUUUUAUAUCGAAUAUUUUUUAUAACUUUUUUUCCGAUUUUUACCUAAAAAAAUGAUUUUUGGGACAUCUGGGCGAAGAGCACCUUGAGGAAAUUUGAGGAAAUGAUUUGGUAAAGGGGACCAAGGAGGACUUUUUUAGAAUAAUUUUUUUUGGUUUGCCAAAAAAUGAUAUGGUAAGAGGGGGCCAAGGCGGAUUGUGACCAUUACAGUGGGGGACCUGAUCCAGUGGCAAAAAACGUACCAUUUUGCAUCCGGGAAGUAUCAAAAUGUGGCAAAAUGCCUCCCUCUCCAAGUGAAAAAACUUAGUUUUGAAGGGCGCGCCCUUUUUCCUCACAAAAAGAGCGGGCGCGCUUUUGAAAUCUGAGUUUUUUCACUUGGAGAGGGAGGUAUUUUGCUACAUUUUUUGGUACUUCCUGGAUGCAAAGUGGUACGUUUUUUGCCACUGGAUCAGGUCCCCCGUUGUAAUGGUCACAAUCCGCUUUGGCCCCCCUUUACCAUAUCAUUUUUUGGCAAACCAAAAAAAAAUUAUUCUGAAAAGUCUUCCUUGGUCCCCCUUACCAUAUAUUUUUUUCUACAAGGUGCCCUCUUCGCCCAGAUGCCCUCCAAAUCAUUUUUUUAGGUAAAAAUCGGAAAAAAAGUUGUAAAAAAGGUUCGAUAUAAAAAUACAGCUCUCUCAGGGCUAAAUCUAUAUUAUUGAACGAUUUUCCGCCCUAAAACUUUACAUUUACAUCUAAAAAUACUCAAACAUCGACAUGGAUUAACAAUUUUUUCAAAAUUUCAUCAAAAACCUCAAAUUACCCAUCGAACUUCGAACAGCCCCCUCUUGUACAAGCCUCUAAAUUCUCCGAAAUAAAUUCUCAACCUCUUGUUACUCCAGAUUACAAAAAAUUCCAUCAAUUUUCUCCAAAAAAUCUCAAUUUUCUGUCUGGUCCCCUCUUACCAUACCCUCAAAAUCUCUGCAAAAUACGCCCAGACUAUUAUGAAGCUCAAAUAAAUCAAAAAAUUUUUUAUGUUUUGUCCAAAUCUCGCAUUGUUUUAGACCAACAAACUGCCGGCGUACGAAGUGGCGUUCGUAAAAAACGAAAAAUGCGUGGAAAUCUUGUGGGACACGGAUUCGGAAACCUUUGACGCCUUCAAGGACAUCUUGUUCUGCACCGCCGUGGUCUCCUCUUACCCGCCCGACUACUUUGACAACGCCGAAAUUUUUGUUAUGACCGAAAAUGGACUGGUUGCGACGAAAGAAAAGCCAAGAAGAGGGGUUAGGUAUGUUGUAAGGUGCUAA